AUGCGUAACCUAGCUACGCCUGCAAUCACAACGCUUUCCUGCUUCAAGUGCCAAAAGCACAUUUUCCAAGAAGGUGACCAGGAUACGUCUAUGUUCAAAGAAUACACUGAAAUCGACAUCUUAACAAAGGAGCUUGAUAAAAAAAAAAAAUACAAAAAACUUAAAGGUGAAUGGCACAAAUUAAACAAUAAGCUUAACCCAAGAUUAGAUGAAUUCUGCAAGUCCCAUAAAAUCCAGGAAUUUCUGCCAACAAUUACCAAGUACAACUGUCUAAGUGUUGAUUUUGAAUCACUUAAACGUCGCGCCUUCGAGUUGGUCAAUAGUGGAAUUGUCCAAAAACUAGUUUCGGGGGAAAUCAAAAGUAUAUUUAAAUCUAAAGCUGGUCAAGAUAACUCCGGAACGCAAGCCAACCUUAAACACUUUGUCCACUUUGAACAAAACCAAAAACAGAUCAUGCCUGGGUAUUAUGGCCCGAAAGGCUUUGAGGUCAUUGGUCAUGCAGCACUUCGUCGAUUUAACCAGGAUGAGUACAAAAAUUCUGAAGUCAAGAAAUCAACCUCUUUCAGACACCACGAAUUUCUUACAAUUAUUGUCAAUCCCGAAAUCGCUUGUCGAAUAAUCGCUGAAGAUCAAGGUGUUUGUUGUGAUCGAGCUUUAUAUAUUCAUAUAUGGCGUGUCAGUCAUAAUCUUGCCUGUCAUCUAGCCCUGUCUAAGAAGGAGGUCGAAUUCAAUAUUGUUUUACUCGAAGAUGCUGCCAAAAUUAUGAUUGAAACUUAUGAAAUUGGUUCACUUUUAAACCCUUUCCACUUCACAGCCGAUUUUGAAGAAGAUUAG